AAGUCCAAGUCAUCAACACGUGCGUUCUUCGACGAAUUCUCCCUGUUGCAGCGGGGAGUUUUGGGCCAUGGGAAGACAUCUUGCCGAUGAUGAUGCAGCAGCAGUUCGCGGAGAUGUGCACGACCGCUCUGCAUGCAAUGGGGCAAGGGCUUCACGCCAAAGACGUUCUGAUAGGAGCGCUACCAGCAGAUUUGAGUGCGUGGAUGGAAGACUUGAGUCUGAGGGCACUUCCUCCUCCUCCUCAUCCUCCGCCGCCGGGUUGGUGGAGACAACUUUUGCAGGCCUGGAUCCGGCGGAGCAUCAAUUUCUUGAUUCGGAGGCGUUGUUGCGAUGCGUUGAGCAGGUCGCCGGGGCAUGCGGGUGUGCAUUGGCAUCUGGAUGACCGUCGGAUUUGGUGGACUGAUCCGAUGCAAAUGGAGCCGAUUGAGCUGUACUAUGAUCCCGAAUAAUCAAUGGGAGCGGGAGCGGGAUGCGUCGGAUGAUGUUGUGAGGAAGCUGUGGUGCUCGCUCCUGCUUUGUUUGUACACGCGCGGUGCAAGCUCACUCUCUCACUGUACUAGGUUAGGAGGUACAAUACCUAGGUACCGGGUGUAGAUAGGUAUGCACCCAGCAAGUGCUCCAUUAUAUCAGGUAGGUAGACGUGUGAAGCCUUGAACAAUGGAAGAGAAGAAAA